GGACUACAUCUCCCAUCAUGCUCUGCGGCGCUGACGUCUUCCGCAUGCGCGCCGAUUCCUGAGCUGCUCGUCAGAGUGACUCGUGUCGAUUCAGUCCCUCAGGUUUCCCGCCUGUUUGAUGACGUGUGUUGUUUUAGGGGUCGUUGUCAUGGAUCCGGCCUGGAGGCAGCGGGGUCGAGGGCGGGGUCAGGGCAGAGGUCAGGUCACGUGUCCUCCCGGGCCGGUGAGGUCAGAGGUCAGAGGCGUGUCGUCUGAGUCCCGAUUCGAGGAGAUCAGGAAGUGUGACCGGGCCGCCGCUCAGCGAUUGGCUACUGAGCCGUGCAGCUCUUCCUCUGAUGAUGAAGAUGAUGAUGAUGAUGAUGAUGGGAAGCGAGGGAAAAUCUUUCAGUCGGCUCUGUCUCCGUACACGUCUCACACAGGUGACACUGAUGUCCGUCUUCUGGAGCAGACAAGACAUUAUUUACAUGAUGUGUGUCAGUCUGGAGGAGUCACAUGUCUCAUCUGCAUUGCUUCUGUCAGGAGGACACAGCCAGUGUGGAGUUGCGUCGGCUGCUACUGUAUUUUCCACAUCACCUGCAUCCAGAAAUGGGCCAAAGACUCGAUCUUCCUGGUGUCUUCAGUGACGGACGAGGACUUUGGCAAAAAAGAUCAUCCGUGGCCAUGUCCGAAGUGCAGGUAUGAGUACAGUCCUCAUCAGACUCCCACACGAUAUCACUGUUACUGUGGGAAGGAGGCGGAGCCUGCGCCCGACCCAUGGCUCCUCCCACAUUCCUGCGGACAGGUGUGUGGUCGUGAGUUUAAACCAUCGUGUGGCCAUCGCUGCCUGCUGCUGUGCCAUCCAGGCCCCUGUCCCCCCUGCCCACAGAUGGUGAGUGUGUCGUGUGUGUGUGGGAAGGCGUCUCGUGUCCCUCGGCGCUGCAGUGCUAAAGCCUGGAGCUGCACUCAGAUCUGCAGACGCACACUCCCGUGCAGAACACACACCUGUGCAAACACCUGUCACGCAGGUGUGUGUGAGGCGUGCCCGAGGGUCAGUGUGCAGGAGUGUGUGUGUGGCCUGCGGCGGGCGGAGCGGCCCUGUGCCAGUCCAGAGUGGCACUGUGACCAGGUGUGUGGCCGCCUGCUGUCCUGUGGGAAUCACACCUGUGAGCGUGUGUGUCACUCCGGUGUGUGUGGAGGGUGUCCUCGUGCUGGGAAUCGCUCCUGUUCCUGCGGCAAGACCAAGAGUGUGUUGCCGUGUACGGUCGACGUACCCACCUGUGGAGACACCUGUGGGAAGAAACUGGACUGUGGUUUACACACAUGCUCAAUGCGCUGCCACAGAGCAGCCUGUGAGACCUGCCGACAGGAGGUGGAGAAGACGUGUCGCUGUGGCCGCUACACCAAACUCUUGCCCUGUCAUAAAGAAUAUCUCUGUGAGUCCAAGUGCAACAAGACUCGGACCUGCAGCCGACACCAGUGCAAGAGAAAGUGUUGUCCGGGGAACUGCCCGGCGUGUGACAUGAGCUGCGGGCGAAUGCUGGGCUGCAGGAACCACAGAUGCCCGUCUGUGUGCCACCAAGGCAGCUGUUACCCGUGCCCUGAGAUGGUUGAGGUCCGGUGUGACUGCGGCUCUACGGUGAUCUCUGUGCCGUGUGGACGAGAGAGAAGCACGAAACCUCCUCGCUGUAAGGAGCUGUGCAGGAAGCCUGCGCUGUGCCAUCACGGGUCCCUGCAGGAGCACCGCUGCCACGCCGGCCCGUGUCCUCCCUGUGCGCUGGCGUGCCGGCGCCCGAGACCCGGCUGUGCCCACCUGUGCCCGACCCCGUGCCACGACCAGGUGCUGGUCAAAGCUGCGGACCGGGCUCUGCUGGCGGGUCCGUGGGAGAAGCCCUCGACUCCUGCGUUUGUGCAAAAGGCUCUUCCGUGUCCGCCCUGCCUGGUGCCCAUACCGACAGCCUGUCUGGGAAAACAUGAGGUGAGUCCGGUCCCGUGUCACGCUCGAGGGCCGUUCUCCUGUGGUCGGCCAUGUGGGCGGAGUCUAGCAUGCGGGAACCACACCUGCAGUUUAGAGUGCCAUCAUGUGACCUCAGAGUCAGAUAACGCUAAGGCCGGUCCGGAGUGUGUGCAGUGUGAGGAGGGGUGUUCUAAGCCCCGCCCCUCGGGCUGCCCCCACCCCUGUGCCCUGCCCUGUCACCAUGGCAACUGCCCGCCCUGUGUGCUAAUGGUGCGCCAGCGCUGCCACUGCAGGAUCUCUAACCUGUACAUCGAGUGUGUGAAGUUCACGACUGCUGAUAAACAGAGCAAACAGCUGCUGACCUCCUGCCAGAACCAGUGUCCCAAACAGUUGCGCUGUGGGCAUCGCUGUAAGCUGCAGUGUCACACGGGUGAAUGUGAUCAGAGCUGCAGUCAGAGAGUGAAGAUCAAGUGUCCCUGCAAACGCAUCAAAAAGGAUUUCCCCUGUUCUCGAGCGAAGAAUGAGCUGCUCACGUGUGACGAGACGUGUGGAGAACUGCAGAAGAAACACGCAGAGGCUUGUGCAGCAGAGGAAAGAGCCGCGCUGGAAGGAGAAAUGAGAAAACAGCAGGCUGAACUGGAGGCAUUUGAGAAACGACAAAAAGGACGAAGGAAGAAGAGCAGGAAAGUCUCAGAGGUGGAGACUGAGGAAGGGGCGUGGCACAGAUAUAAGCUCCGCCUCCUCAUGCCCAUCUGUGGCUUCCUAUUGGCUGUAGCAGCCUUCUAUCUGCUGCAACUGACCAAUGAGGCGCCAGAUGGAGAGAACGGACAGUAAACCAGUACAUCGUGGUGUACG